CAGCCGCCGUCCACUGACCGGUGAAGUGUUGUGCAAGCAAUCCGGUUUAUCAUUCAGUCGACGUCGCCCGGCAUCCCGGCCUUGGCAGUUUUCCCUGUUUCGGUUGUUUAUUGUCCAGCAGAUAAGGUCCCGAUAGCGCGGGGGUGAGUAACACGCAGAGUCGCUAUCUCAAAAAACAGCUGACUAACUGUUUUGACGUCCAUUCCAACGACUUGUCCGGCUCGAAUUUCGUCGCGAUUGCCGGCUAUCUUGUUGAACAGGUCGAGCGAGUCCAGCAGACGUCCGCAACUACGCUUCGUGCUGCCCGAUAUAUUCUCAUUACUUCCUCCUGAUUUGACCCGAUUUUCGCCAUGGCCAAGAUCCAGUGUGAGUAUAUAACCUUACUCCCAUCUGUGUCAUUGGGUCGUUACUACGAUACGUAUUUAUUGUGUUAGCUUAGUGACGAUCUGGGAAACUUCCGGCUUUCUGCAGGGGGUUCGAUAUGCUUCGAUUAUCUUUGCUAAUCUACUUCUUUCGGUUCCAGGUGGGCCGGUAGUGGACAUUCUUGGGGACGAAAUGACCAGAGUAAUCUGGGAUCUCAUCAAAGAGAAGCUCAUCCUGCCCUUCCUGGAUGUCGAGCUUCACACCUACGACCUUGGCAUGGAGAACAGGGACAAGACAAACGAUCAAGUGACCGUGGACUGUGCCCACGCCAUCCAGAAGUACAACGUAGGCAUCAAGUGUGCCACCAUCACGCCGGACGAGAAACGCGUCGAGGAGUUUGGGCUCAAGCAGAUGUGGCGCUCCCCCAAUGGAACCAUCCGUAACAUCCUUGGAGGGACCGUGUUCCGGGAAGCCAUUAUCUGCAAGAACGUCCCUCGCCUGGUGACUGGCUGGAUCAAGCCGAUCGUGAUCGGUCGUCAUGCAUUUGGCGACCAGUACAAGGCCACCGACUUCGUGGUGCCGGGACCGGGGACCCUGGAGAUCAAAUUCACGCCGAGUGGUGCCGAGCAGCCGCCCAUGAACUUCAAGGUGUAUGAAUUCCAAGGCACCGGAGGCGGGGUUGCAUUGGCCAUGUACAACACUGACGAGUCCAUCAAGGACUUUGCACACAGCUCGCUCCAAUUUGCACUACAACGUGAACUGCCGCUCUACCUCAGCACCAAGAACACUAUCCUGAAGAAGUAUGAUGGCCGAUUCAAGGACAUCUUCCAGGACAUCUAUGACAACCAGUACAAGUCCAAAUACGAGGCCAAGGGCAUCUGGUACGAGCACCGCCUCAUCGACGACAUGGUGGCCCAGGCCAUGAAGUCCGAGGGCGGCUUCGUCUGGGCGUGCAAGAACUACGACGGCGACGUGCAGUCCGACGCCGUGGCACAGGGCUUUGGAUCGCUGGGGAUGAUGACCAGCGUCCUCGUCUGCCCCGACGGAAAGACGCUGGAGGCCGAGGCGGCGCACGGCACGGUGACUCGCCACUAUCGCAUGCACCAGAAGGGACAGGAGACCUCGACCAAUCCCAUCGCCUCCAUCUUUGCAUGGACGAGGGGCCUGGCGCACAGGGCCAAGCUCGACAGCAACACAAGCUUGGCCAAGUUCUGCGCAGCCCUGGAAGCAGUCUGCAUCGAGACCAUCGAGGCUGGCUACAUGACCAAGGAUUUGGCCAUCUGCAGCAAGGGCAUGUCUGGCGUUCAACGCAGCGACUACUUGAACACGUUCGAGUUCCUCGACAAACUGGCCGACAACCUCAAGAAGAAAGUGGGGAAGUGACUGGGUAAGCUUUGAGGCGCCCUCAGAGGGCGACUCAAGGCUUGCUUAGUCACAAGAGCACCGGCAAAAGUCAGUGCUCUCGAGCCUCUUGUGUCAAUUGAGGUGUGCAUUUUCGCCGAUUGAUGCGUGCAUCGCCGUCUUUCUUUUUGGCAUGAUAGUACACAUAUACAAAUAAAGAUUAUUUUCUCUA